CUACAUGUCAUUCCUCAUCCACUCUUCUGAAUCAUUCUUUCAUGUUUUUUGAUGGGUUCUGGAUUUUCAUUCCUUUCGACGCCAAUGGAUAACAGUUCUACUCGCCGGAGGAGGACGCCGGAGCUCGGCGACUUGCCGGAGGAUUGCGUAGCGGAGGUGUUAUCGCACCUUGAUCCGCCGGAGAUUUGUCGGCUGGCGAAACUAAACCUAGCCUUUCGCGGCGCAUCGUCGGCUGAUUUCGUCUGGGAAUCUAAAUUGCCGGCGAAUUAUGAGUCUAUAAUUCACAGGGUUUUCGAAAGUUUCCCGAUGUCCUUGUGCAAGAAGGAUAUUUACGGGAAGCUUUGCCGGCCAAUUGAUAUCGAUGGAGGGACAAAGAGAUUUUGGUUGGAUAAAGUUAGAGGGAAGGCUUGUCUGUCAAUAUCUUCGCAAGGAUUAUCCAUAACCGGAGUUGAUGACCGGAGAUAUUGGAAUCGGAUAUCAACCAAUGAAUCUAGGUUUGGUACAAUCGCAUAUCUCCAGCAAACAUGGUGGCUUGAGAUAGAGGGUGAAGUCGAAUUCCCAUUCCCAGUUGGAACUUACAGUGUGUUCGUCAGGCUGCAAUUGGGACAAACAACAUCAAAUAGAUUUGGUCGGCAGACAUGCAACACACAGCAUGUUCAUGGUUGGGAUAAGAAGCCAGUACAAUUCAAGAUCACAACAUCAUCUGAUCAACCUCUAGUUUCCCAGAGAUUCUUAGGGGAAACUGGAAAAUGGGUUCUUCAUCACUGCGGAGAUUUUGUAGUAGAGGAUUGUAGUAAACCGGUUAGGGUCAAGUUUUCGAUGACUCAAAUAGAUUGUACUCAUACCAAAGGUGGUCUAUGUGUUGAUUCAGUUUUGAUAUAUCCUAGCCAGUUUAGAAGGGAAGGUUAGCUUUUUUAGGUUGCUGUUAAAUCUUCUCUUGUCUAUAAAAAAUAAAAUAGUUGUUUGAACUUGGCAUUAUUUAUAAAAGAAGAUCUCUAAAAGAGGCAUUAAAUCUUUUACUGCUACUA